AUGUCCCAACCCACCACCACUAUCAUUUUCACCUCUCCCUCCGCUGCUCCAACCACCAUCACAUGGAGCUCAUCCUCCACCCCACUUCCCAUCCUUCCUUCUCUCCCUGUCCACCCCACCCUUAAGCCACUUUCGGCUGUAACCACCCCCAACUCCUCCUCCCCUAUCACUGUCGCCCCAUCGACAGCUACUGACUUUCCGCCGCUCCCUGCACCGCCUCCGACGGGCUCCAAGCCAGCACGGAUCUCGACUCGACGUUCCACAGUCUCUGUGACGCCCACGCCCCCUCCGUCUGCGUCAUCCGCUGCUCAGGCUGGUCCUGCCCCCGCCAUCUCCCCCUGCAACCCGUCCCCCUGCCCCCUCACCACCCAGCCGUGA